AUGGCUGAUGGUGUUUUCAUCUGGGUCAAACUGGUUUUGCAUGAGCUGGAAGCAGAACUUGAUUCCGAGGUCUCCCUGGACGCCCUCUAUCAAGUUCUUGAUACUUUUCCGAAAAAGUUGGAAACGUUUUACGACAAGAUUCUGCGCAAGGUCGACAGACCAGAAGCUUGGGCCGUGUUGGAUGUCCUUGUUGAGACAGCAAAAUGGAACAUUCCGGGCCUAUUUAACAUUUAUCACUAUUCACUCUUGAGGGGCUUAACAUCAGAUCCUGAUGACUAUCAAGGAACUUCCGAUGGCACACCAUGGCCAAAAGACCUGACAUCAAAAUCACAGGCUCUUGUCGACAACUUCCGAAAGCGGGUCCCCUUGCUUUUCCGUGGCAUGGUAGAUGUGAUUGCUAGGGGCCGCUUCCACGAAAACACAGCAUCGGACUGGAAAUUUACUGUCUCAGAUUGA